GUGCCAUAUUGCCCAAUGAAAUUGUUACUUGCUAUAAAAAGUGCCGUUGUCCAGAAGACGACACAGUCAAUCGAAUACUUUCGUGUACUUACUUGUGAGCAGUCACAUUACCAAGCAAAAUGAUCGCCAAGUUUGUUGUUAUCUUUGCCCUCACCAUCGCCGCUACAAAUGCCGGGGUUCUGCCUUUAGCAGCUGCACCAGCAGCUCUGGUAGCUCCAGCUGUAGCACCUGUCGCUUCUGCUGCGUAUGCUGUUGCUCCUUACGCUAGCUCUUACUCCGCUCACUCAAUAAACCACGCCGUCGCUGCUCCGGUGGUAGCCCCCGCACCAUUGGUUGCCUCAGCCCCAGUUGUUCCAGCAGCCCAAUAUGUCGCUGCGCCAUCACCUUACUUCGCCAAAUACGUAUCUUCUUACCCCUACUACUUGUAAAUCAAACUCGGUGAUAUCAUUGCCUAGUGACUUGCUCAAUAAUGCUGUGCUUAAUGUAUUAUGUUUAUGUAUAUAUAUGUUUAUAACGUAAAGACAAAUUGUACAAAAUUUA